AUGUGUAGGAGGCAUAGUGUUGUUGGGUCGGCCACACCUUGUGAAUCAUUCCAAGCGACCUCGUCUGUCAGUUUUCUUUCAAACGAUGACGCAUUAAGCAAUCUCACAAAAUUCCUGACAUACUACGGAGAAAAGGUGUCGGAGAUGAAGUCGAGGCUCAGAAGUAGACAACGCGAAUGGGAUCAAUACACAGAACAAAUUGAAACCCUUGAAAGGCAAAUAGAUCAAUUACGAUGCGGAUAUGAGUACGAUUCUCUGAAAAGGAACAUCACAAUCGUUGUUGAGAUGGACGCACCGGCCACUGUUGAACUCUACGUUUCGUAUCAGGUAUGUAAGCUAAAGUCAGCCCUAAAGACACAUUUCCACGAUAAGUCGAUGGAAACUUCGGAGGUCACGGGGUUGAAAAACAGAAAAUCAUGUGAUACUUGA